CAGCUUUUUGACUAUUUUUUAAAGUAACCUUUUAGUACAAAAAUUAAAAUUUUUAUAGUAAAAAAUUGCUUUAAGAAGCAGUAAGAAAGUCGUCCCAAAUAAAUCCUAAAUUAACAAAGCGCGAUAAUACCAAAACUGCUAGUUUUUAAAUGUUUCCAAGUCAUUCCACCCUCAUCAUAAACUGCUCUUCCACUAUCUCCUUAAAGUCAACUGAAAGACUAAAAAGUAACUACUCUUGUAUUUAUUCUACCUUUACUUCACAUCAUAUCUUUUUGAUGGCAGAAGGCCAUUGAGCUAAUGGGCAGAUAUGAUUGUAUAUUAAGAUCUUAAGCCACCAUUUUUGACAAAUUCAACACUGUUUUAAACCAAAAGCAAAGUCUCACUUCACUAACAAAUGAUAUAAAAUGAACGUUUUUUGUGAUUUUAACUUAUAUAAGCACUUACAUCUUCAUAUCUUCCAUACUUGCAACUGCUGCCAUGAAGCUAUCAAAGCUUUUUGCUUUCUUUUGUUGUUUGAUUCAAGCUUAUUUCUUAUGCUCUGAGACUGUUUUUGACUGUUUAGUUGUUGAACGAAGGGCCCUUCUUCAUUUCAGAAAGAGUCUCAAUGAUCCAGAAGGCCGGCUUUCUUCAUGGCGAGGAAGUGAAUGUUGUUCAUGGAGAGGAAUAAGAUGUGAUAACCAUACUAGUUCAGUUACUUUCAUAAAGCUUCGCAAUCCAUAUCCAAAUAUUGGUAGUUCUGUGGAUUUUACAUCUCAUGGUUUUUGGAACUUGAGUGGAGAAAUAGAUUCUUCUUUGCUCCAGCUGAAGUCACUUGAACAAUUAGAUUUGAGCUACAAUACAUUUGGAGGCAUUCCAAUCCCUCAUUUCUUUGGUUCUCUGAAGAAGUUAAGAUACUUAAACCUAUCAAGAGCUGGAUUCUCUGGCAAUGUGCCCGUUCAGUUAGGAAACUUGUCAAGGUUGCAAUAUCUUGAUCUUUCUUCAAGUUUUCCACCUUUAGUUGUUCAUGAUUUUCAUUGGGUAUCCAGUCUUUCUUCUAUGAAGUUCCUCUCAAUGGACUUUAUUGAUCUCUCAAUGGCUGAAACGGGAUUGUUUCAACCACUAAACAGGUUAUCUUCCUUGAGAGAAUUGCAUAUUUCAAGUUGCCAAGUGGUAGGAAUUGUUCAGAACCUUCCAUUCAUUAAUCUCACUUCUCUACAAGUCAUGGAUAUCUCUUUUAACAGCUUCAAUUCUCUGAUCCCCAAAUGGUUUGCUAACUUAAGUAGCUUAGUUCAUUUAGAUUUGAGCAAUGCAGCUUUUUAUGGUCCAAUCCCUGAGAUAUUCAGAAUUUCUAGCUUCAAGAUUAUUGAUCUAUCAACGAACAAUAAUCUCACAACUGACAUUUCUGAGCUUCUUGGUGGAAACUGGAGGCAAAUAGAGAGCAUUCGAUUGGCAUCAAAUGGAGUGCAAGGAUUUCUUCCUCAUUCUAUUGGGAACCUCACUUCACUUGUAGAGCUUAAUCUCUUUGAUAAUAGCAUUGAAGGUGGGAUCCCAAGCUCCAUGGGCAAGAUUUGCAACUUGGAAACUUUAUUUUUAGAGGGUAAUAAGCUGACUCUUGCACUUCCUAAGUUUCUGGAAGUCCAAGGAUGUUUAUCAGAUAAACCUCUGCAAAAUUUAUAUUAUUUCAGCAUGAGUGUAAAUGGAAUUGGAGGUACUUUACCAGAAUGGCUAGGAGAGCUCCAAAAUCUCAGUGUCCUGGAUCUUUCUUAUAACAUGAUUACAGGUUUCAUCCCACCAUCUCUUGGAAAUUUGUCACAUCUCACUCAACUUGGCCUCGAUGGAAAUCAACUAAAUGGUACUCUUCCAUUAACUCUAGGAUAUCUUUCCAAACUUAAAUUCUUUGGUUUUUCUUCAAAUCAAUUAACUGGAACUGUAAAUGAGGAGCACUUCUUGAAGUUGAGCAGUUUGAAAAUCUUCUUGAUUUCUUCAAACUCUUUAACUCUUAAGUUUAGCUCAAGCUGGGUUCCUCCAUUUCAGAUUCGAAAUCUAGCAAUGAGUUCAUGUAAGUUGGGUUCUCAGUUUCCUUCCUGGAUUAAAACCCAGAGGGAACUUCAAUUCUUUGACAUCUCCAAUAGUUCAAUCUCUGGCAAGAUACCAAAUUGGUUUUGGGAGGAUCUUUCUUUAAAUCUCUCUCUUUUAAACAUUUCAUUUAAUAAGUUUAAAGGUCGGAUACCAGAUCCCAUGAAAAUUGCUCCCUUUGCUGAUGUGGAUAUGAGAAAUAACCUUUUCAGUGGGUCAAUUCCAAUGCCCUCAACUCAAGUUGAGCAGCUUGACUUCUCCUGCAAUCAAUUUUCUGGUACUAUUCCUUCCAACUUUGGCCAAUUGCAACCUUACAUUAUCCACCUCUCCCUCGCCUAUAACAAUUUAUCUGGAACAAUUCCUUCUUCCAUUGGAUAUCUUCAGGAGCUCCAAAUCAUAAAUCUUUCAAACAAUUUUCUAAUAGGAUCAAUCCCUUCAAGUUUGCAUAAUUGUUCUUACCUCAAAGCUCUUAUUCUUGAACACAACAAUCUCUCAGGACAAAUUCCUGAUUCUCUUGGAAAACUUAUACAGCUGCAAACUCUGCACCUCAACAACAAUGACCUAUCAGGUCUGAUUCCUCAAUCCCUGCAGAAUUGCACCAACCUAGAGACACUCGACCUAGGAAACAACAAUCUCAAUUAUUCAAUUCCAGCUUGGUUAGGUGAGAGACUACCAGCGCUUCGAAUUCUUCGAUUGAGAUCAAACAAGUUCACAGGUCAAAUACCCUUUCAACUUUCUAAUCUCAAAUCCUUGCAAGUGCUUGAUCUUGCCAAUAAUCACCUUUUCGGGGCAAUUCCUCGUAGCUUUGGAGCCUUUAAAGCCCUAAAUAGUCCAUCGAAAGUAAACACUUAUCUUCGAUAUGGCCAUUACAUAGGAACUUACUAUGAAGAAAACAUAUCAAUUAAUGUAAACAACAGACAACAAAUAUACACCAAGACUCUCUCGCUUGUGGCAAGUAUUGAUUUAUCAGGAAACAAACUGUCAGGUGAAUUCCCAAAAACUUUGAUAAAUCUCUCUGGCUUGAUUUUUUUAGACCUUUCUAAUAAUAAUCUAACAGGAAACAUCCCACAAAAUAUUAACUGCAUGAAAGAAAUUGAGUCUUUUGAUCUUUCAAACAAUCACUUUUUUGGUGAGAUUCCUAUUACUAUGUCAUCCCUUAUGUUUUUAAGCAAUCUCAACUUAUCAAACAACAAAUUUUCUGGAGUGAUACCAAAUGGUGGUCAGCUAACAACAUUCAGUUCAUCUGCAUUUUCUGGCAAUAAAUUUCUUUGUGGUCUACCACUUGACGUGUUGUGUAAGGAAAAUAAUAUUAAUGUCAACGAUACAUCAAAUAAGAAUGGAGAUGAUAACAACGAAAAUGAAUUUGUAGAUGAGUGGUUUUACCUAAGUGUUGGCCUUGGAUAUGCUGCAGGACUACUGGGAAUUGUUGUUGUAGCUUUUAUAAAAAAGUCAUGGUCUAAUGCUUACUAUGAAUUUAUAGAUUGGUUGGUUGUGCCUAAGAAACCAAAAAGGCUUAGCAAGAAUACUUUUGUACAAAAGGAGAUAAAAUUCAGUGAUAAUUAAAAUUGCAUGCCAUUCUAGUAGAUUUUGUUCAAUAUAUGCAUCUUUUUUCUUUGCAACAACUAUAUUUCUUUCAUAUAUUAAGAUACCCUUGCCACUUUUUGUUUAUGUCUGAUAUGAUAAAUGUUAUCAAUCAUUGUGGACCUACAGGUAUUGGGUUGUUUGUAUUUCUUCUACCUCUUGUUUAAAGUUUUUUUCAAAAUAAAAGCAUCUACUUUUAAAGUCCAAACAACCUUUUCUUCUCCUUAUCCAUUAUCCAAUAUGAUUUUGGGGGUUUGCAAUACAUGCGAUUUUUCUUGGAUUUCAUAGUUUGUUGGUAUUUUUAUGGAUUUUAACCAUUGUGAUUUUGUUUUGGGGAGACAAUUGAUUGUUUGGAAUUAGAAAAAUGUCAAGUUUUUUGAAAUUUUAUGAAUUUAUUAGAUUUUAUCAUUUGAUUGGAUGAAUUAAAAAUUAAUAUUAAAUAGAAACUAUAUAAACACCUUCAAAUUUCUAACCAAUUCUUUGUACCAACCUUUCGCCUUUCCCCCCUACAUUUCAUUUUGUGAUUUUAUCCUAGCAACACUAACUUUUUGUUUGGAGAGAUUAAAGAAAAAUCUCAAUAUGAGAAGAGUGCUUGUUAGAUACGCAUUUAGGCAUUUGUAAAAAUUAUGAGCUAGUGUAGCCUGUGAAUAAUCAAAGAUUUUAUAUUCUAAUCAACUAAAAAUGUACAUGCAAUGCGAGCUUAUAUGUUGUAAGAUAAAAAAAUUGCAAAUUGUAGACCAAUUUAUGCAACAAAAA